UUUAAAAAAAGGGGCUUAAGUGGGCUAAGUUCGUUUUUUCAUCGGUAUGGCACGCUGAAAAGGCGCCAUUCUUAAGAAGCGUCCCUCCAUUUUUUUUAAACUCCUAAAUAAUUACUGCUCGACGUCAUAAUGCAGCGCCACAGGGAAUUAUAUAAACAGCAAUCACUUGCUUUCAGCCCACGCAAUUUCGAUGAGCAGAAACGGGAACUCCAGAAUGCGGCGCGUGCAAAACAGCGCGAGGAUCGUUUUCAAAGCAACCGCAUUAUUAGUGUUAGUCCAACUCCCGUCAAGCGUGCGGCACCUAUACCGCCCUCAGAGGAGGCGCAGCCACGCCUUACCUAUGUCGCACCUCCUAAGGAGAAUCGAAAACCAGAGCUGCCUCAGCAGCAGAGGAACUCCACCCGGGACCUUUACAUAAAGCGCUUCGUGGAUUGGAAGGCUGCCAGGAAGGAACAAACAAAGAACGAGCAAAUUGCUCGUCGUGGUCAAAAGAUGUGCACAUAUAAAACCGAAACACUUACACCUGCGACAAACCCCCAGAAAGAGCAGGAGAACGCUCCGGCAUUUGUGCCGCCAAAAAGGCACUCCUUAUAUGUUUUGUCAAAAAAAACUCAGUGUACGCAGACGGCAGCGGAGAGGAAACAGCCUUUGGCAACCCAAUUGCGUACCCAGGGUCAUCCAUCCAGAUUGCGCGCUCAGCCUGCGGCAACCAUGGCAAAGCUGCAACAUGCAACGUCGCGUCCUCAACCGGUCACUGUGAAGACCCAAACAUCAAACAUGAAACAUCAAACAUCAGCAAGGAAUGUCCAGCCAGCCACAGUGAAGCCUGCACCUUCACGUGCAUUGCCCUUGAAGCCUACAGCAGGCCCAAAGCCCAAGGCAGCGGAUUUGGUCGUUGGACCUUCUGCAAAUGGGGUUGUUCAUUUGCCAAAUGUGAGGACGCAACCAUUCGAAAAGCCGGCCGUGAGUAAGCCCACCUUAAAAAUACCAGCAGUGAAACCAAAGCCCAUUCAAGGAGGCGGCGGAGGGGGAGCUGCGGGAAAAUUUAAGUCGACCGCAGUAGCAAAAGGGCCGGCAAUAAAAAACAAGCUUGCCAGCCAAUUGUCGACCAGAAUGAAGGCCAAGAGCAACGUCAGCAAGUACGUAGGUCUUCAAAAGAAUGUUCGAAAUCGGCCGGAGCUGAUGAGAGAGUUGGUUGAGGCUGGGACCACUGAACUCCCACUGCCUCCCAAUACGCCGCUGGAAGAGAAGAUAAGUUUCCCUGCUCUGGCCACAUUCACGCAGUGCAAGACGAACAAUUGCAGUCAAGAAAUGAUAGAAGCCUUGGGUGAGAUUUCAAAUCUGAGUCCAGUGGGUCCAAUGAGCAGCCACCGAGAUUCGAAAGCGAAGCGGAAAUUUGACUUUUCUAGGUACUCUUUGAUAAAAACGGCAGCUGAAGAGAGUUUGAUCUUGGAUCCAUAUCUGGCUAAGGAUCCAGAUGAUAAAGAACAAGAAAAUUCUACUCUGAAGGCAGCUGCGGAGCAAACCCCUCCUCGCAGGAUUUCCGAUGAGAAGCCCAACUACUUAAGUCCAUAUGUGAGCGUCUCGCGCGGUAAAGUCAACUCUCGCUGUGAUCGUGAGAAGCGAAACAGCAUGUAUUUGCCCGGUGAGGAGUAUCCUGUUGCCAAUCGGCGGGCCCUCGAGUCGGUGCUCUACUUUCGCAUACAGCUGGAGAAUGAGAUUCGACGACUGCGAGAUAUGUGCAGCGAGUGGGAAGCCUAUAGCAGGGAGAAUGAGGCGCAUCUGGUUGAGACGGGCGGCAUAGAUAUGAUCAAUGUGGCCAUUGGACAGACAAAUUUGCUCUCUACCAAGAAAUUGAUGCAGUUCAGCGGUCUGAUUGACCGUUGCGAGGCGUGAGCUACGGGCAAGAACCAUCGACCCUACGAUGGCAGCGAGGAGACGAAACUCGAAGCGCUUUGAUAACUUGAAGCGAUGGAAAAAGAACAAUUGGCAGGACCCCGAUGCAGUUGAGGAAUCGAAAAUACCAGCCAAGCCUGUGG